UGGGCACUGGGCUGUUCUUGUUUUCAAGUGGAAAAGUUGCUAAAAUUCUCUCCGUUUCGUGAAAUUGUGGUCCUUCUGGAUGUUUCUGGUCGUUAGCCCCUAACCAGGGCGAAACGUGUAACCGUUUCCAUCUUGCGUGGCUUCUGUUGACGGUGCUUGCAGGAACACCCGAAUUGCCGACUCACCUUGGCGCCGUGUGUCCCCGAAAUAUAUGCGAGCGUCAGCAGCAGCAGCAGCAGCAGCAGCAGCCAGGAAAAGUGUGUCCCCAAACAGCUCCUUUCUUCCGGCAAACGUGAUUGCAACAAUAUGCCCCUAGAUUCUGUCUCAAGCUAAACAGUGUUUAAAAGGCGCAAAGUAAGGUGUUUUCGUGUCGUGUGAUAAGACAGUACAGUGGCAAGAAGCAGCAGGUCUACCAUGGCCGAACAGUUUUCCGCAUCUGCUGCGUUCAAGAAUCUGAACAACAAUACCGAUGGCUGGGGUGAGGAUUGGGGUGAUUGGAAUGAAACGCCAGCCCCGGCGGCUACCGCCGUAUCAAAUCCGAUGAUGGGCAAGCCGCUACAAGCUGGAAACAGUGUAGCGCCGACGUCAACUGUGCCGAAUCAAUACUUUCACCAGCAGCAGCAGCAGCAACCAUCUGCGUACUAUAACCAACAGCAACCGCACGGAGGGUAUCCGCCAACCAGCGAAAGUGUUCCACAGCUGCGAGAUGAUGUGUCCAACGUUGACCACCGUAAUCAGAACUAUAUGCCGAAUUACAACGCGACACAGGGAUACGGUGCUACGCCAUAUCAUUAUCCGCCGGCUCAGCAACCACAGACAUCCGUUCAGGCACCACCACCAUCGGAACCACAAGCUUACGGCAACGCUCCCCAUUCUGCGGCAGGUUACGGUUCAGCGAAUAGCUUCUUCAAUGCUCCUCCAAUGCAACAACUACCGCCACAGCGUCCACCGUCGCAUCCACCGGCUUCGACCACUCCACAGCUCGUGCCGACGUUCAGUCAAACCAUUUCCGACAGUUUCGACACUUCCGCUGGCAACAGCUGGAACUGGAGUGUGUCUGACAGUGCAAAAACUCGUACACCAUCUACCGGACCAACGCCACCGCACGAAUCGGCGCCGGCAACCGGCCAGUCGUGGCAAAUCGAAGAAAAUCACAUUUCAUCGAGUGAGCUAUCGGUGGACGAGCACGCGCCGCCACGCGCUAGCUCUCAGCAGGCUUCAACAACGAGUUCGCUUUCACUAGAUGGCAAUCCAUCGCAGCAGGCACGCUUCGCUAUGCCCGAUGGAUUUGAGCAUCGCAGCAGCAGCAGUGGAGAAACGGCCGUGAAUCCUGCUGCUCGCUCAGUGUACCAACCACCACCACUGCCGUCACAAACAGCAUCUUCAGUAGCAACCACUGCACAAGCGGCCGUACCCGAUCGGUUGGACGAAGUUCUCGAAGCAUUGAGCCUUAAACAAGAAUCGCACGACUCGAACACUUCGAAUCAGGAGUCCAGUUACCGUGAGCAAGCCUUUCCACCGCCACCUCCUUCGAUUGCUGGUAAUCACAGCUCUGGCAGCGGCAACGGUGGUCCGCUGGUGCACGAAUCGUUAAAUCAUGCCACGAAGUCGGCCUCCACGACACCACCUUUGCCUCCGCCACCGUUGGAUAACAAUACGCCGGUUGCACCGCCCGUAGCAGCAGCACCUCCACCGAUGGCCAUGCCGGUAGUGGGACCACCAAAAAUGGGCCCUCCCGCCGGUUCAGCAGCGAACCCGUUCAAACGUGCCGGACCACGAUCGCAUAUUGCUACCCCUGGUCUUGGUGCUUCGGCACCGAUUGCAGCCUCCGGUUAUGCACCGCCUGCCGCGAAUUCUUUGCAUUCAACCCAACAACAGCAGCAGCAGCAGCCGUCGCCUCCUGUACCAAGACCUGCGCCGAUUAUACCACCGGAACCGAUCAAUUUCGAGAGUAGUUCGGUACCGGAAAACCGGGAAAUUCUCUCGGAACCGGAUGUACCGGAGGUGGUGCAACCGAGCAACGAUCGUAAUCAGUACCUCCAAACGGGCCAUCUGUCAGAGGAUGGUUACGUUGGUGGCGAGGAACACCAGGAUACCGCGGAUGCUCGCAUGCCACCACCAGGACUCUCUCGCUACGUUCCGGGGCAGAAUCAGCAGCAACCGACAUUGGGGCAGGCUGUUUCGGGUGCUCAAAGCUUCCCUGAACCUCCUCCCGGUCUCGAUCGUAUGAUUCCCGGCACUGAUCUAACGACGAAUGAGCUAAACGAUUUCUCGCUUGAACGUCAGGCCGAUGGUGAGGUUUCGGAUCAAUCUGCAAACCCCCCGGUGUCUGCUGGCAUUCGGAAUGAUCUCCCGCAUCAUUCCCAUCAUCAUCACGGUCAUCAUCAUGCUCGCUCGGAGCGGGUAGACAUGACUGAUCGUAAUCUGUAUCGAGUACCCGGCGAAAGCGAUCAUCAGCAGCAGCAGCAGCAACAGCAGGUGCGCGUAGUGCCAGGAUUAG